CGGUCGGAGCGGGCCGGAGGGGCGGGACGGCCGGCGAGCCCGAGGCGCGCAGCCAGGCAGGCAGGGGCGCAUGGUGGCGGCGAGGGCGCCCGGCGCGGCGGCCAGUCCCUGAGAGCCGGCGCCUCGCCUCGCCGCCGUCGGAGGGCCGGCUCGCGGCCGCUCCCUGCGUCCCCGCGCCCGGGUGGAUGCGGGCCCGGGCGUGCGGCGGCGGCGGCGGCGGAGGAGGAUGGAGUGCGCCCUCGACGCCCAGGCGCUGAUCAGCCUCUCGCUGCGCAAGAUCCACAGCUCGCGCACGCAGCGCGGCGGCAUCAAGCUGCACAAGAACCUGCUGGUCUCCUAUGUGCUCCGCAACGCCCGGCAGCUCUACCUGAGCGAGCGCUACGCCGAGCUCUACCGGCGCCAGCAGCACCACUACCCGGAGGGCGGCGGGCUGCUGCCGGGCAUGGCUCUUCCCGCCGGCUGCGCGCCCGCCGCGGGGCCCGAGGGCGCCGCCGACUUCAGCCCGCUCCACUUGCCCGGCGACGAGCAGGGCCAGCUGCGGAGCUGCGCCCUGGCCCGGGCGGGCAGCGGCGGCGGCGAGCUGCUGGAGAUGCCCGUCUGCGCCGCGCUCCACGACGAGGAGCCGCUGGGGGGGCCGCCGCCGGCCGCGCUCUGCAGGGACUCGCCGCCCGCCUUCUACCCCCGGCCCGGCGGCGGCGGCGCGGGCGCCUCCCCGCCGCCCUGCGCCUCGCCCGGACUGCCGUACCCGGGCGCGGGGAGCUGCGACUUCGCGGCCGGCGCGCCGUCGGGGCUGCCGCCCGGCCCCGCGCACUGCUCCAGCCGCACCACCGUCUUGGACCUGGACACGCACGUGGUGACCACGGUGGAGAACGGCUUCCUGCACCAGGAGUGCUGCGCGCAGUGCCCCGCCUGCUGCUGCCCGGGCGGCCCGCACCUCCCGCCGCCGCCCAGCCCGGGCGCCAAGCGCAAGUACUACCCGGGCCAGGAGAGCGAAGAGGAGGGCGGCGGCGGCGCGGCGGGCCCGGCGGGCGGCGGCGGCGGCGAGCCUGCCUUCGCCCCCUGCCCCAAGCGCGCCCGCUUCGAGGACUUCAGCGCCGAGCCGGGCCCGGACUCGUCCAACAUCUCCAACUUAAUUUCCAUUUUCGGCUCCGGUUUCACGGGGCUGGUGAGCCGGCAGCAGCAGCAGCAGCAGCAACAGCACCACCACCACCAGCAGCAGCAGCAGGCGGACUCGGAGCAGCCCCUCAACGGGCAGCUCUGUAGCAAGCAGGCGCUGGCCAGCCUGGGGGCUUGGACGCGGGCGAUCGUGGCCUUCUAGGGGGGGGGGGGGCUUGGCGAGCUGACCGGGAAGGGGCGACGGGGAGGGGGGCCCGGCUCCGGAACAAAAGACCCGGCGGGGGAGAGAGGAGAAAAGCCAAGCGAAUGUUUUAUAAAAUUGUACCAUAAACUUUAAUUCGAAGAUCUCGGGUCUUUAUUUUUACAGAGAUGGAAAAAAAUAGUACCUAUUUAAAGAAAAACCAGUCCUCCUUUUGUGUCUUUGCUGGGGCGGUGUUGGGUUUGUGUCUCUUUCGCUUUUCUCUUUUCCCUGUUGAACCCUUCCAGGCUUUUUCGGGUUUGGUUUCCCAAAGGGGUGUUCUUCUUGGAUCCCGCUUGAGGAGGGGGGAGAAAGAGGACUUGGCCGAAAGGGGACGGAGGGGCCUGCUGGUGGGGAGGCUCUCCGGGGGGCCCCAUUAGCCCCAAAAGGGGGCCGGCCCCUGGCCCACCGAAGACUUCAGUGUUUGGGAAGCGGGCAAGCUGCCGCCAACUGUGCCACAUGCUGGGGGGUUGCAGGGGGGGGGGGUGAAUGCAUAGAUGCUAUGUUGCCAUGUAGCUAAGGGGGUGAACUCCAGUUGCAAUUUUUUAAAAUAUGCCGGGGAUUGUUAAAUUGGUUUCUAGAUCUCCCCCCCCCCCCAAGAAAGAACCCUGAAAAAUAUCACCCGUGUGGAUUCUUCUAGGUUCAGUUUCCCUUUGCAGGAACUUGGACUGGGUAGCCAACCUUCCUCUUCUGGAAAGGGAGAAAAUUCUUCUAUACAGAGCCCAAGAAGGAAAAAUUUUAAAAAUCAAAAAAAAUAUGGAAAUCAACUUUUUUUCCUGGAAGCAAUUUGUCUGAUGUAAUUUGGCAUUUGUAUCGUCUGAGGGGUACAAGUCUUAUCCCUGCUUCCUCCUUCCACCUUUUGUGUUCUUGAAAUCUCUCGUUCUAUCUACUUAUAUUUUAAAACAAGAUACUUUGAUUUGGGGAAGGGGGGGUCCCAAAUGGCAACUGCUUUCUCCCAUCAUGCACCGCUCUGCAGGUCCUUCUUUCCCUUCUCCUCUGUUUGUGCACUGGAUGGGGGUUGCUGUGCGAAUGAAAAUGCCACCAGUAAAUGUGUUAACACUAUUUUAGCGUCUUUCAAUGUGCUGGGGGCGGGGGAGGGAAAAUACUUUUUUUAAAAGUUUGGAUUCUUAAUUUCAGCCUUUUCAACCUAAAGCCAGCAUUGUUUGGGUCUUGUGUGCAAAAGUCUGUAAUCUGUAGCCUUUUUUCUUUUCUAAAAAAUAUAUUUAAAUUUUGUGUUUUUAAAGGGGGGGAACCUUUUGUUAUAAAAAGGUAUCUUGCAGCCUGCCAUCGAAAUUUCACAUUAAGCACUGUGUGUAUUAAAGGAUGCAUUGCCAAACAGCAGGGGGGUUUUGUUUGUAUCUCUGUAUAAUUUUUCCUCUGUGUGCAUACUGAAUUGUAUAUCACCGGGUAAAACUGUUCAGAAUUGUUUUAAAUUUAUAAUCUUAAUAAAAAGUCCAGUUAAAAAAGUUAAA